CAAUGCAAACUCAGGCUCACAUCGCACCUUCAAAACCAUCUCUCAGGAAGGAACCGUCAAACCCAAAACUUGUUGGGGCUUUCCCUUCCGAGACCUCGAUGUAUGUGUGCCUCAUUGUUGACAUGUCAACGUGCACAACGUACCCCUUGUUUCACUUUCAGAUCGGAUUCGAUAUCCCGGGGUGUGGCGAGUCGUGGACUUGCGUCUGAUGUUCGUUUCAGAAUACAGCAGCCGUCCAGUUUGAAUGGCAGAGCGUCCAGUAAGCUGAUCGACACAUCCAACACAGUGAAGACGGCAGGACGCAAACGUCUUUUCAUGGACCCUCGUGAUGCCUCCGAGCACAAUAACGUUGCCAUUGCUGAGCCUUCCGCUGAUGAUUACUCACUUCCGAAGCGAGCACGAAAGAACGCGUGGUUCACCGAAGAGAAUGCUGAAGUGCAGCAUUCUAGGAAUGAGAAGCGCCUCGCCUCUGCUGCGGACGAUGAGAUGUUGGAGCAGACCCGUGUCAAGGCUGGGGGGAAGCGUGUGAAGCCGGCUGACGAUGAAGCUCAACCGAACAGUUUCCUUGCCGUUACCGUGCAAAAGGCCAAUACAAAGCAGAAGAGUGGUCCAAACGUAACGUUUGCCCCUAUGCCCAAUCUGGCCCGCAAAAGUCGGAUCGGUCGCAGACUGAACAGUGUCAACCUUCCCAAGCCGAAAGGGAUUCAGGACGAGAAUGUUUCUGGUCAGCAACCACCGUCUCCCGCCCUCCCCGUGGCCGGGUACAAGCGGGAGCGUGAGCGCCUCGAGUCGGAUUCAGGAUCAGAGACUGGACGAACUAGCGAUGCUCCGCCUGCUCGCAAGCGUGGUCGGGAACGUGCUGAGAAGCCACAGCUAUCGAAGUUGAGGGAGUCGAUAUCCUUGGAUGAAAAUGAAACGAAGAAUGACCAGUCUGUGCCGGAUGAGAAUGUGGUAGUGGAUCCUUUGUGUGGCGGGAGGCGACCUGGAGAAGAAUGGGAGUCCGGUGGGCUGAAGUUCAAAGUUGGUGUUGACGGGCGCCGUUUGCGGAAGGAGGCCGUGGUUGAGAAGCGGCCCAAAUACCAAAUGCCCUUGGAUUCCCAACAUCGCGACAAGGCGGAAACCAUUAAUGUAUGGGUGGAUAAUUGGUUCACUGAGGAAGAGUAUCUCGAAGCUAAGGCGAAAGGCAUCUUUGCUUGGCAGCAGGAAGAAAAGAAGGCUGUCGAAGCCGAGUCAGCUGCAUCAUCAGCUUCCUCGACGCGUCGUCCCUUGAGCGGCCGAUCGUCAUCAACAUUCUGGGAUGCGCCCGAUAGCACGACGCCGCCGAAAGUCAUGCCUCUCACCGAUCUGGAUUUCAAUCCUUUCUUCAAUAACCGCCAGCGGACCGUGAGCCGUCUUGCACCGGCCCCUCAGAGGCCCCGGACCUCUGUGGGGUCUGCGGGCACUAUUCCUCAACGAGCGCCUUCGACGCGUUGGCAAAAGCAAGCUAACGAGCAGGAAGCGCUCAGACAGCUGCGUGAGGCUCGUAAGGACGCCGAGGAAAGGAAGCGCGCUAGUGAAACUCCAGCUGCCUCUGUUGCUACGCCUGCCCCCGCUCCCGCCGUUGUUCUUACUGCCCCGGCUUCAAUGCCUCCGCCUUCUACCUUUAUUCCCACUCCUUCGCCUUUUGCGCCUGUCUCUCCUGCUGCUCCCGCGCCUACCCCUACUACCGCUUCGACGCCGCUUGUCCCGGCUAAGCCUGCCACUGCCUCUCCUUUCCUUCCGACACCCCUUGUGUCGAAUCCCGCGGAAAAGCUUGCGGCGGGAGAGAAAGCGAAAGAAGAACCGAAGAAAGCAGAUGAACUGAAGGACGGCAAUGGCAAGAAGCCUGAGGCCUCCUUCCCGGCCUUCAAGUUGCCUACUACCCCUGCAUUCCUUCCUCCCAGCACUACAGCGUCAUCAACAGGCACCAAGCCCCUAUUUGGAUUUACUCCGAGGUCAGAGUUUACAAAUGAAACGAAGGAAAGUAAUCAGCCUGUUGUUAAUAACACCCAAACGACGCCGACUUCCGUACCCCAGACUGGUUUUAAGUUUGGUGUGACUCCAGUCGCAUCAUCUGCAGUGCUUUCGAGCUCGUCAUUAUUCUCAGCACCAAAAGUCACUGAGCCAUCUAAGGAAACAUUACCCAAUCCCUUCAAAUUUGCUGCGCCUACCAACCCUCCCGACACUCCCAAACCUGCAUUCUCUGUCCCAUCAAGCACAGCACCAGCAACUUUCACAUCUGCUGCCAACGAAUCAUCCAAACCAUCUCCCUUCCCAUCAUCCUCUUCCGCCACCGAUUCUGGUGCCAAGAGUUUAUUCGAUCGCCUGGGACCCGCCAAAAGUACGGCGGCUUCCGCAUUCACCCCGCCGGUGCUACCCCAACGUCCAAACAUUUUUGGAUCGCUUCCUAACUCUCCUGCACCUAACUCCUUCGCAGCGGUGACGACGAACCAGACGCCCAGUGGUGAUCAGACCAAGGACGAAGCUAAACCUUCCACGGGCUUUUCGUUUAAAGGCGCAGCGGCUACUGCCGCCGCCAAUAAUGCGCCGGGUGACAACAAGCCUGUUCCGCCGGCACCGUUCCACCGCAACGACGCCAACCCAUUUGGCACUCCUGUGGUCGUCCCGUUUGGUGGCGGCUCAGCUAAUGGAACUAACGCGAAUAAGACAUGGACGCAACCUGAUUUGUCGCAAGGCCAGUCACGGACCAAGGACAGCACUGGUGGCACACCAUCUCAAUCGUUCAAGUUUGGUGUUGGUGAUACUGGUACCCAACCGACGGGCUCGACUGGGCCAUCGAAUCCAUUCCAAUCUGGACCUGGCGAGCUCAGUUCAACACCAUUUAAAUUUGGGCAAACAAGUACUCAACCAGCAACGACACUUGCUCAGCCGAGUGCGUUCUCCUUGGGCACGACUGGCGCGACUUCUGUUUUUGGCGUUCCUUCAGAUGCCGCAAAUCCGUUCAGCCAACAACCCCCGCCGUCGCCAUCUCAGUCCGAAAAUCCCGCAUCGCCUGGCUGGACGUCUCCCAUGCCCCCCCGUUUCGUACCGGGCGUGGCCUCACCUCGCCCGCCCGGUGCUGUCCUUCCACCCAUUAACAGAUCACGCUCUCGCAGCAGCCGCCCACCACAGCGUACGGGCGGCCGCUAAAUAGAUCAUCGUUUUUCUUUGAUCGUUUUGUCAUUGUGUUUUCUGAUAGUUCAGUGUUAAUCCUUUUUCUUGUGUCAUUGUACUAGUGGUGUGGCCUCUGACGCAGGCGCCGUGGAAAUUUCUCAUUUUGUUUGUUCACUCGCAUUCACACUCAAUUUUGAACGGACCAAUCAAUACACGAAGCCAAGACUCUUGGUUUUUCUUUCAUCAACGUUACAUCACACUUGAGAAUUGGACACUAGAAUUCACACUGCAAUUGCUUUUUAGAACUACAUGGUGUCAAAGCGAUAACAAACAUUGCAUUAGCGAAAUGAGCCUAAGACAGUGCAACCAGUGCAAAUAGGUUCAG